CAGAUCUUUGCAUACCUUCCUACAUUUCCUGAAUAGAAAAACUGUAGGGAAGAAGUAAUGGUCCCUAGCUUAUACCCUGUGAAGGGCAAUGAUAGCUGUGAACCUUGUUUCUGACUUACGGAAAGUAUAUGUUUUUGUUGUUGUUGUCUUCAGUCUCCCCUAGGUGAGGAAAGAACAAUAUUUUUAUUGAUUAGUUUCAGUCUCCUCUAAGAAAGUAAGAUAUAAUAAUAAUAAUAAUAAUAAUAAUAAUAAUAAGAAGAAGAAGAAGAAGAAUGCCUGAUCCUUGCAGCCCAGGAGCAAGCCAUCAGAACAAAUGCAAUUAAGGCCAAGAUCAAAUAUUAUCCUGAGGACCAUCGUAAGGAUUUUUCAAGAGUUGUUUGUAUUCAUAAAAUACUUUCCAAGUGUUUGGAAUCCCAGCAAGUUGUUCGAAAGGAUGAUGGGGGAUGAUAAGAGAUCCCGACUUGAAAGGAAACAGAUAUUUUUUGCCGGUUCAGGCUUGACAUUUAUGCGGCAGAACCAGCAUAACGCACUUUUACCACACUGAAUUGCAAAAAAAAUCAGGGCAUGGAUCAAAGUAUAGCCUGCAAUUUACUCCCAUGCUGAUUGGAGCUGCUUCUAUCUACACUAGGCAUGGGCAAACUUCAGCCCUCCAGGAUCCUGAUGUUCGCCUGUCCAAAGCCCUCUCUUACACUUUGCGUCAUGGCGCAGACAAGUUGGGAUUAGCCAUGGGAGCGGAUGGCUUUGUGGAUGUGGCAGAGAUCCUUCGCUUGCCCCAGUUUAAGGCAUGGUCCUUGGAAGACGUCCAGCGUGUUGUGGAGACGAACGAAAAGCAGCGCUUUGCCCUGCGGCCACAUCCUUCUGAUGCGCACCUCCAGAUCCGUGCCAACCAAGGGCAUUCAUUGCAGGUGUCUGAAUUGGAGCUGGUCCCAUUGCUGAACCCAUCAGAUUUCCCAGAGAUUGUGGCCCAUGGCACUUACCUGCACCACUGGCCUGCCAUUCGCAAGGACGGCCUGUCACGGAUGGGCCGAUCGCACAUCCAUUUAGCACCGGGAUUGCCUGGGGAUGCGGCCGUCCUGAGCGGAAUGAGGAACAACUGUGAAGUGGCCAUAGUAAUCGAUAUUGCCAAGGCUCUGGCAGAUGGGAUCCCCUUUUUCCGCUCGGCUAACGGAGUCAUCCUCACUCCCGGUGAUGCCCAAGGGCUGCUGCUCCCUUGCUAUUUCCGGGAAGCCCUCCAGCUUCGGCCUAAACGGAGCCUUCUGCCUCUUGAGUGAUCCUGUCUUGAGCCACCGAGCCCAUCCUCCUCUACCUCACUUCACAUACUGGUUUUGGGUAAAAUAUUUAUUAAAAACAAAACAAAAGCCCCUCUCUA